AUGUCUUGCUGUGUCACCCGCUGCUGCAGCGUCCCCACCGCGCCCGCCACCACCAUCUGCUCCUCCGAAAAAUGCUGCAGGUGCGGAGUCUGCCUGCCCAGCACCUGCCCACACACAGUCUGGUUACUGGAGCCAACCUGCUGUGACAACUGCCCCCCACCCUGCCACAUCCCUCAGCCCUGUGUGCCCUCCUGCUUCCUGCUCAACUCCAGCCAGCCAACCCCAGGCCUGGAGAACCUCAACCUCACCACCUUCACUCAGCCCUGCGGUGACCCCUGCGUCCCAAGAUCCUGCUGA